UUUGUUCCAGUUGCAAUACCGCGUGCUGCAAGAAGUCCCGUAAGGAACUGUAAUUCAUCAAAGAAAUAACGUUAAUGCGUAACUAUGCUUUCAACUUGAACUUCGCAGUGUUCUUUAAUCUCACAAUGUUUGUUUGUGUGUCGAAACUAGUUCUGAAAGCAGUAUUCUUAGCCCUUUGAAGGGGAGUUUUCCUUCAUUUUUUGUGAUUUAAGAUUAAGUUCUUCGGUGAGUUAUUUUGAUAACGUCCAUUAAAGUAGCCCAAAAUGUGGUAUAGUGGAAUAGGUUGGCUGGUGAAGACAACCCUAUUGAGUGUAGUAUUUGCCUCUCAACAACCCAGGCUCCCCGUAGUCAAAAACGAAAUAGAAUUGGUAGAUGUGACAUGCAACGCUGAUUCCUUCAAUGUGACAAUAACUCUAAAACACCCUUUCAAAGGAAUGCUCUCAGCUAAAGAUUUUUCAAGGGAAUGCAAUUCUUUCGGAUCUCUCAAAAAAUCAGUAAGAUUAAGCUUACCAACUUAUGGAUGUGGUUUAAGGCUGAGUUCUAAACAUGGUCGAAAUGGAGAGUUAUUGAUGCAAUACAGUGUUACAUUGGCGAUACAGCAAGAUCGUCAUUUGCGUCAAAUGGCAGAUCAAGAAAUAUAUGUUUCCUGCCAAAUAAAUUCAGAAGAAUUCUCGUUGAAUAGUGAGACAAUGAUGAAUGAAUUAGAAAGCGAUUUGACUGAUGUAGCAAGUAAAAGGAGUGGUAGAAUGAAACAAGAUAAGGUUUGGAAUUCUCAAAUGAAAAAUACUGAUAACACGAAAAAUACUAGAUAUUAUAAAUCAGUAAAAGAAGCUAAAGCAUGGAUGGAGAUAAUCCCAGGAGAACAAGAAAAUGAGAAUGCUUCACAAAAUGAUAAACUUCGUGUUGGAGAAGCGGCUAAACUUAUCGUUAAAUCUACUUUGCCAGUUGGAAUUGGUUGGAAGGUAGUGGAUUGCACAGCUCAUGAUGGGUUAGGAGAUUCCUCACAGAAACUAUUAGACGAUAGAGGAUGCCCUAUAGAUGACCAAAUAAUGCCGAAGCCCAAGUAUGGACCUAUUCAAGAUAAAUUAUUUACGAAAUAUCAAGAGGCAGUAACUGUAUUUCCAGCUUUUAAGUUUCCUGAUAGGGACAGAUUACACAUGACAUGUAUGCUGUUGCUUUGUAGGAAUACUUGCAGCCAGGUUGACUGUAAAAAACAAAAAUCUUCAAACAGCAAUAUUCAUCGAUCAGGAAAAAUAGUUAAUGAAGAUAACAUACUAGAUCAAAUUAAAAUUUUCAAUAGUGUGGAAGUACUUGCACCAUCUGUCAACGAAUAUUACAAAACCAAAGAAUACCAAGGGCCUAUAAGUUCUCCUUUUGAGGGAAUAUCUCAAGAUGAUACACUAUGUAUAUCCUAUCACAAAGUUGCUACAGCAUUCUGUAUUCUUGGAAUACUAUUUUUGAUAGCUAUAUUAAUAGCAGCAGGUGGUUUCUUGAGAGCCAGAAGAUCUGGGAAUACGUUGUCAGUUUAUACUAGAAGUAUAUUCUCAAGCAGUAGUGCAACUGGUUCAUCCCACUUUAGUAGCAAAUUACUACAUGAUCACACAUCCUUUGGAUUUUCCACUGGUGGAUUGCAAUAUGGGAGAAUUUGAAAGACUUGAUUUUAUUUUUGUAUAUUAUAAAUUUAAUAAAUUUGUUCCUUUUUUUU